ACUCCUCAGGAUGCUGCGAAUCGCUCUCGUGCUGUGUGUGGUGGCCUCCACCCUGGGCUCCAUGGUGCCCGAGGCUAUGAUUAAGAAGUAUUCUUACAUGAAGGCCAUGAAAAGUUGCGUGGGAGAAGAAACCGUCAAGAAGUGGAUGCUGAACAUGAAGGCGGCAAUUGCAACGUGCAAGGAAGAACCCGUGGGCGAUAUUGAUAUGUCUUCCUUCGAUGAUUUCUUGGCUGAUAUUACUCGCAGGCCAAAUAUUAUCCCCGUGCCUUUCCAACCCGGUAUGGUACACCCCAGGCACCCCGGUGGUCUUCACAGGAUGAAACGUUUCGUCAAUUCCGACGAGGCUGAGGAAAUGAAGGAGGAGUUGAAGACCAAGCUUAGCAACGUCACUUGCGCUCUCCUGAAACUAGAAUACAUCAAUGAAGAUAAGACACCUAACUACGGGAAGUUCAAAGAGGAAAUUGAAGCCAUGGAAAUCACUGACACGCUCAAGACUGAUUUCCUGAUGGCCGUGGACAUGUGCCAGAAAUUCAGCCAGUGCUUGCCCGUGGAAAAAAUCAAGCACCCCUUCAUGCAGGAGAUGGGAACUACCAUGGGCUUCAUGAAAUGCUGCGGCACGAAGAGGAUGGCGAUGUGCAUGAGGGAGGACUUCCGCAAAUACGCCGCCGAAAGUGGUUACGAAGGAGACGUUGAAGAACUAAUUAAUUUAAUGAUGGUCAAUGUGCCCUGAAGAUGUUGAAGGUCUGUUCGAAAGCCUCAGCAUGUAAAAGGAAGUCGAUGGAAGUGUGUCCUGUUUUCACCAGGGUUUUCCUUUUUCAGAUGGGUGGAGAGGUUUUGGCUUUUAUUUUCACUCCUCUGAAUAUUCUCUUGUGAUGACUAGGAUAAGAAAUCUUGACCUGGAAUGGCUUUGAAUUUUGUGAACAUAACAUCAUCUUUCUUUCCCUUUGUCCUUAUAGGGAAACCCACAAACAUUUCUUUUCAAAUGUUUUCAAAAGAUAAAUUCCUUCUUCCAUACCCUACCCUACACAAUUGAAUGAUAAAAAAAGACUAUCUGGAAGUGAAGUUUAACCACACUAGUUCGAGGGAAGUUUUCAUCAACAUGCAACACGUAUAGAAAUGCAAGUUAUCAUUUCUCACGAGCAUCAGAGAAGAGAAGAUAUUUUGUUUUGAUUUUGUUGCGAGGGCAUUUCUGUUAUCAACAAGAAAAUUAAAGUGCUAACGUUU